GUUAAGUUACCGAGACUUUCGAGAAACGGGACCUUAUUCACGCCAUUACCGCCAUCCAGUUGAGAGAUUUUAGUUUAAUGUUUCCAAUCCUAGCAAAAGUGCGCGGGGACCAUACGGGUCAUCUUACAAAACAGUUAUGCCUAGGAGACGCACUUAAUAUUUGCUUUUCAUAUCGAACUGAAUUGUAUCACCUGCUACUCAUUAAUUUCCCCUCAUCUCUCCUCCCGAUUGUUUUUUAAAAUUCUUCUCAACUUUAUGUCAACAGUGGUGGAAUAUUCAAUUUUUAAUCUGAGUGUUACUAAAACCCUGAUGGUCAACUUUCAAAUCACCUCCCUUUGAAUGAUCGUACGAGUGGUAUGGUUUGUUAUCUGAAUGCCAAGCAAUUUAUACAGAAAGACAGGACGUGAAUGAUGUGCUAAAGUUAAGCUACGUGACAAGAUGGAAUACAAGGUCCAACAUCACAGAAGCUAUCUUCUUAUGGCAAUUAUCUUUAUUUGCCUGGGAUCGGCCUUAACUCGAGGAACUAGGCGAAGGUCCACAGCGGAGGUCAUGGACUUCAAGGCAAAGCAGUUUUCCUACUUGAACAUCACAGUGAUCACGUCUGUGUUUGUCCCUGAUGGCAUCGAGUGUGGGUUUGCCUGUUUAAAAACGAUUUCGUGUUUUUCUUAUAACCUAAAUGCAUUUCCCGAUGUCAACGGAAAACUGCUGUGUGAGCUGCUUCCAUCUGACAUGUAUAACAACUCGGAUACAUUCAUUACAAGCCCAAUUUUUCACCACUUCAGCAUUUGGAGUCCUUGCUCAAGCAAUCCUUGCAAGAACAAUGCUACCUGUGUGGCCAAUUACAAAGAUGAUGAUUAUCAGUGCGCAUGCUCACCAGGUUAUACGGGAGAACACUGCGAAAUAGGUAUCCUGAAAUUGCUGUUUCUUUUCCAAGUGCAGAUUUAGAGAAUUGUUUUGUAUGAUUUUACAAGAAAUAAAGCCUUACAAUGAUUUAACUGAUUCUCGUACCCAGU